AUGUCGGUCAAGGAUGAUAUCGACGAGAAGGCCUCGUACGGCGAGAAGGGCGACCUCGAGAAGACGGUCGUCGAGACUCUCCCAGUCGAAGAAAGCGAUACCGGUAGGCGUUGCUUCUUACUCUUCAUUCACGCCAGUGCUUAUCGCCGUGAAGUCCUCGCCGAAAGUGACUAUACCGAGGAACAGUACAACAAGUUGAAGCGCAAGAUCGACCUGUACCUGCUUCCCCUGAUGUGGAUCUGCUAUGGCGUCCAGCAGGCCGAUAAGACGUCCAUUGGUACCCAGGCCACGUUUGGCUUGCGGGAGGACACCCACCUUGUCGGCCAACAGUAUUCCUGGCUGACAACGAUCUUCUACAUCACGUAUAUGUGUUUUGAAUUCCCGUCCAACCUGAUUUUGCAGCGGUGGAAGAUGGGAAGGACGCUCUCCAUCUACAUGAUUGUGUGGGGCGUAGUGGUCCUCUGCAUCGGCUUCGCCAAGAACUUUAAGCACUUAAUCGCACUCAGAGCUCUGCAGGGCUUGGCCGAAUGCUGCAUUAGUCCAGGGUUCAUCCUCGUCGUGGGCAGUUGGUACAAGACCCGCGAGCACGCCUCUCGCGCCCUCGUCUUUCAGAGCGCUAACGCAGGCUUUGGUAUCAUCGCCGAGCUCGUAUUGUACGGCAUUGGUAAGACAGGGGCAACGCACCCGGACGAGCAGCCGUGGCGUUACAUGUCCUUCUUCCUGGGCAGCUUGACCAUCGUCGUCGGCAUCCUAUGUUUGUUCUUGCUUGGAACGCCAUCGGAGGUGAGGUGGUUAACGCCUGAAGAGCGGAGGAUGGCCAACGCUCGGAUUGUCGGCAACAAUACCGGACAUGAUACGACCGGUAUCAAGAACUGGAAGUGGAAGCAGGCCUUAGAGUGCCUAACGGACCCCUGCUUCUGGUUCGCAGGCGUUAACGCAUUCCUAAGCUCCGUGCCUAAUGGUGGCCUGACGACGUUUGGAUCAAUCAUCAACACUACCUUUGGCUUCACGAAUCUGCAGGUCAUAUUACUUGAUAUACCGCGAUCCCUGUUCUCCGUGGUGUAUUUCAUACUUAUUGGCCUCGUGACCACGCGCUGGAAGAAUCUACGCCUGUAUUUUAUGGCAUUCUCCACAAUACCCCCGUUCGUGGGCUUCCUGGGCAUGUCCUUCCUGCCCAAUGAACACCAGUACAAGUGGACAAAGUGGGGUUGUUACUUCAUGACCGUCCCCUUCGUAAUCUCCCUGUUCCUGGCGUGGACACUCAUCCCGUCUAACACGGCGGGCAGGACGAAGCGCACGCUCACCUCCUCGUUCACCUUCGUCGGGUACUGCGUGGGCAACAUGGUCGGCUCGCAGAUCUUCCGCGCCAAAGACGCCCCCAAGUACACCAGCGGCACGGUCGUGUGCGCUGUGUGCUUCGGCCUGGAGUUCCUGUUGCUGUGUAUGUGGAGGGUGAUCUACGUCAUGCGCAACCGGCGCAGGGAUCGGGCGAUGGCUGGCGACGGGCUCUCAGAGGAGCAGCGGAUCCGCUUGGGGAAAGAGCUCGGCGAGAAGGACGCGACUGACUUCGAGAACCCUUAUGUGCGUAUAUCCUGUACAAGCAUAUAUCCUCGUAGCCACUGA